UUUCCCUGAAAAUCAGCUCACCACACUCUGCAAGAACCCUAGAACUCUCUAUCUCUCUCUCUCUCUGCGGUGUUGAGAAGCAGAAGAUGCCUCCGAAAGCUGCUAAAGGCAAAGAAGCGCCAUCUGAGCGACCAAUUCUCGGCCGAUUCUCCUCUCACCUCAAGAUCGGAAUUGUUGGAUUGCCAAAUGUUGGCAAGUCUACACUAUUUAACACACUUACAAAGUUGUCGAUACCCGCGGAGAACUUUCCUUUCUGCACGAUCGAACCUAAUGAGGCUCGUGUAAACAUCCCUGAUGAGAGAUUCGAGUGGCUUUGCCAACUGCACAAGCCGAAAAGCGAGGUCCCAGCUUUUCUGGAAAUCCAUGAUAUAGCUGGACUUGUUCGAGGUGCCCAUCAAGGGCAGGGCUUGGGCAACAAUUUCUUAUCUCACAUCCGUGCAGUUGACGGAAUUUUUCAUGUUCUACGAGCAUUUGAAGAUCCAGAUAUUAUCCAUGUUGAUGAUGCUGUGGAUCCUGUGAGGGAUUUGGAGACCAUCAGUGCAGAAUUGCGCCUAAAGGAUAUCGAAUUCAUGGAGAGGAAUAUAGAGGAUCUUGAAAAGAGCAUGAAGAGGAGCAAUGACAAGCAGCUAAAGAUAGAGCACGAGUGCUGCCAAAAAGUCAAGGCGUGGCUUGAGGAUGGAAAAGAUGUACGUCUAGGGGACUGGAAAGCUGCUGAUGUAGAAAUACUGAAUGCUUUCCAGUUGCUAACCGCCAAGCCUGUUGUUUACUUGGUUAACAUGAAUGAGAGAGAUUACCAGAGAAAAAAGAACAAGUUUUUGCCGAAAAUACAUGCGUGGGUGCAAGAGCAUGGUGGGGAACAAAUUAUUCCUUUCAGUUGUGUCUUAGAAAGAAAUCUUGCCGAUAUGCCACCUGAUGAAGCAGCAAAUUAUUGUGAGGAGAAUAAGGUACAAAGUGCGCUUCCAAAGAUCAUAAAGACUGGAUUUUCAGCGAUUAAUCUCAUAUACUUUUUCACGGCUGGGCCUGAUGAGGUUAAGUGCUGGCAGAUCAGACGGCAGACAAAGGCUCCUCAAGCUGCAGGGACCAUCCAUACCGAUUUUGAGAGAGGAUUUAUUUGUGCUGAGGUCAUGAAAUUUGAAGAUUUGAAGGAGCAUGGCAGUGAGGCAGCUGUUAAGGCUGCUGGGAAGUACAAGCAAGAGGGUAAGACGUACGUUGUUCAAGAUGGAGACAUAAUAUUUUUCAAGUUUAAUGUUUCCGGAGGAGGGAAGAAAUGAGGUGAAAACAGUUUAUUAGCUGAAUCUGAGAUAAUACAUGGAUACAUUAUUUCGAUUGAAACAGUUUAAAAAAGAAAGUAUGGAAACACUAUGUACCAUGUUCUUUUUUGCAGUUUUGGUAUAUUUUGUGCAUCAUCAAGGCUGAUACACUGGAGUUGAUGCGCGAUAGAAAUCAGUUGACUUCUGAGAAAGCUUAAUGGAUAAUUGCGAGCUCGAUCUAUAACCAUAUGACCAUUCUAUAUUUUUCAGAUUUUGAUGAAUCAAACAUUAUUGAUUUGAUGACAGCAAUCUUUUAAUUGAGAAUAUAUAAGCAAUCUUCUGGAAUGUGAAGCAUAAAUUAUAUCAAAGAUUUCUACAACCUCAGAGAUAAAUGAAAUAUAAUGAGAUGUGUUACAAGAAGCUCUUGAGGCUUAAAGUGAGCAGAUGGAAUUUGGAGAGCAAAAAUUAAAAUCUUGAAGAUUCGACAAUUAGAAAGCUUGGUUGGAGAAUGAAGAUGAAAUGAACAAGACAUCCUAUCUCAAACUUUGGUUCCGUCCCAAACUCAAUCUUGAUAUAUUAAUUUAUUUUAAUUUCAGUCCAUUUCGUCAGUUUGGUAGUAAAAAGAGGGCGAA